UUGACAAUUGAACCUCGAGCUAAACUUUCUUUCCUCCCCGGUGACAUAUGCUCGCGCAGUGACAAUGGCCGCGUGCGCCUCCGCUCUGACGCGCGUGCCCAUGGCGAGACUAGUCGGAAGGCUUCUUUGGAGCAGCGGGGCGUCGUGUCCCGCGCGCUCAGCCGCGCGUGCGUUCUCGUGCGGCGCAGCGGCUCGUUCUCAAAAGCCGGGCACCGGCGGCGCUUUGCCGGGCAGAGUGGACCGAUUCGGUGGAGUGACCGUGAACCUGGCGGACGUCCGGUUACCGGCGGACAUCAGCGAGGCCGCGUUCAGCAGAUUGCUCCACGAUUCUCUGGCCCUGUGGAGAGCCGAGGGCCGGGUGGCCGCGUGGCUCCGGGUGCCCAUCUCCCUGAGCCGCUGUGCCGCCGCCGCCCACGCCCACGGCUUCGCCUUCCACCACGCCCAACGCCACCACGCCGUGCUGGCCCUCUGGCUGGGGGACGGGGCCAGCCGGCUGCCGGGGUACGCGACGCACCAAAUAGGAGUGGCAGGCGCCGUCGUUGACGAGUCGAACGGGAAAGUUCUGGUGGUCCAGGACCGAAACAAGACAAAGAACGCUUGGAAGUUCCCCGGUGGCUUGUCGGAUCCAGGGGAAAAUAUUGGCGCCACGGCGGUCCGCGAGGUCUUGGAGGAGACCGGCGUGCGCUCCGAGUUCCGGGCGCUGCUCGGCCUCCGGCAGCAGCACGACCACCCCGGCGCCUUCGGGGCGUCGGACAUAUACAUCGUGUGCCGCCUGGCGCCGCUCAGCUACCGCAUCGACUUCUGCACGCGGGAGUGCGAGCGCUGCGAGUGGCUGCGGCUCGCCGAGCUGGCGGAGGCGGAGCUAGCCACGCCCGUCACCGCGCGGCUGGCGCGGCUGCUGCUGCGCGGCCUGGAGCGCGGCUUCGGGGAGAUCGACCUCCCGGCGGAGGACAUCCCCGCCGUCCGCUCGGGGAAGCUCUACCAGCUGUACUGCCGGCAGCCGGACGGCUAGCGGGCUAGCGGCUGCGCUAACGCGAGGCCGUCGGCGUCGCUCGUAUUUAACGUGUAUUUAUGGCAAGAGAUGAAGUUUAAAUGGAGCAAAACUACAAGAAAACACUUGUUAUGAAACACCUGCCUGUGGUGCCUCCGACGGAGUUUGAUACGGGUCAUUUAACCUUCUUUUUUGGCGGCCAUGUUGGAAAACGAAAUCUGUUGGACAGUGUUGGCUGCAGAUUACUUUUAAAUUUAUUUUAGGGACUGUUUUUCAUUCUGAUAUAUAUAUAUAUGUACAUAUAUAUGUACAUAUAUAUGUAUAUAUAACUAUAUAAGUAUAUAUAUAUAUAUGUGUGUAUACAUAUAUAUGUAGAUAUAUAAAUAUAUAUAUAUACAUAUAUAUGUAUAUAAAAAUAUAUGUUAAUAUAUGCUUAUAUAUAUAUAUGUGUAUAUAUAAAUAUAUAUGUAUACAUAUAUAUCAUGUAGUGGCAAGUGUCGUUACAAUAUUCAUAUUAAAAUGACUGGCAAAGAUAAAAAAUCAUCUUAUUUUUUUUUUUUUAAUUAACUGCCUUUCAUGACCUUUUAUCUCGUAUUAAUAAAUGUAGAAGUUAUUAAUAAAUGUAGAAGUUAUGCUCCGGUGCACAGAUCUAAAAUGAUCCUCUCGCUAACGGCUGCUCAGGUUUCUGGAUGUUUUUGUUUUUGAGUUCUUUGUCAAACAAAAAGUUGAAUCUUUAAAUAAAGUCCUUCAGGUGCGUCGCCGA